ACCCACCCCUCAAAUUGUACAGAGCGAACGAGCGAGAGAGAGAGAGAGAGAGAAGAGAGAGAGAGACUGGAAAGGAUGGCUGGGGGCGGCUCCGGAAGGCAGAGAGCGGCGAUGAUGCUGCCGCAUCUGGUGAGGACACUGCGGAACGAAUCUCUGAAGCCCUCGAAUCGAAUCCUACCUUCGCUCAGGCGCACCUUUUCGUUGUAUGAUCAGAUUAAUCUUAUCGACAAUGUUCCGAAGGACCAACUGCGCUUCCGGUGGUACACUGAUACUGGGUUUACUGUUAACGAUGUAAAGUAUGAGGGAAGCUUGCUCGUUGUCGAGAAUAAGGUUAUGGCAUGGACACCAAAGACAUUUUCUGAUAUAACCCCUGAAAGUUUAUCUGUAUUCAAAAUCCUGAGGCCAGUUCCAGAGAUUCUGAUUCUUGGCUGUGGAAGGUACAUUCAGCCAGUAAGUCCUCAGCUGCGUCAAUUCAUUCGCUCAACCGGAAUGAAACUAGAAGCAAUCGACUCGAGGAACGCCACUUCAACUUACAAUAUAUUGGUCGAAGAAGGAAGGGCGACGGCUGCUGCUCUUCUACCCUACGGAGUUGAAUAAUCGUCCCGACUUCUCUACAAGAAUCCAUGUAGGAGAACGGCGAUAUGGACAGAAAAAGUUUGGGACUCCCCUUGUUUCCCUUGCUAGAUUACAUAGAUGCAUUUUUAAGCUCCGAAUGAUCAUCAAACUAGACUGGAUGAGACACCAUUUGUCAUCGUCGAUCUGUAUCUUUGAUGCACACUUUGUCAGUUUGAUGAGAAGAGUGAUAGCCAUUCUCCUCCA